AUGCCGAGGGUCGCUGCCGCGUCCGUUGUAGCGGGAGCCCGGAGGGGAAGCAGGAGCCCCGGAAUGGGGAAGCCCAAUAAAAAGCCCAUCGCUGGAGGCCACAAAGGGGAAAAGUGUGGGGGAACCUUUUUCCCCCAUGUUUCCAGGCCUUGGAGGGAAUUAGAAGAAGACAACGUAUUGUUUCUCACUAGUGGAAGUGUUAAAGACACCUUUGUUGGAGCCAGAAAUGGACAAUACAGGCUUUUAAAAAUAGUCAUUGACAAUGAGCAGCUUAUUGUGGGAUCCUCUAGGCGGCCAGCUGGAUCAUGGGAAAAGGAUUAUGAUGCCUUUGUCCUUCCUCUUCUUGAAGACAAGCAACCAUGUUAUAUAUUAUACAGAUUAGAUUCUCAGAAUGCUCAAGGAUAUGAAUGGAUCUUCAUUGCAUGGUCACCUGAUCACUCUCCUGUUCGUCAAAAAAUGUUGUAUGCAGCAACCCGAGCAACACUUAAGAAAGAAUUUGGAGGUGGUCAUAUUAAGGAUGAAGUAUUUGGAACGGUACAGGAUGACGUUUCACUGAAUGGAUAUAAAAAGUAUUUGAUAUCACAGUCCUCCCCUGCACCUCUGACUGCAGCAGAAGAGGAACUUCGACAAAUUAAGAUUAAUGAGGUACAGACGGACGUUGGUGUAGAUACCAAGCAUCAAACUUUGCAAGGAGUAGCAUUCCCCAUUGCUAAAGAAGCUAUUCAGGCUUUGGAGAAAUUGAAAAAUAAGAAACUGAAUUACGUACAACUGCAAAUUGAUAUGAAAAAUGAAACUAUUAUUUUGGCCAACACACUUCCUACUGAACUUAAGGACUUGCCAAAAAGAAUUCCAAAGGAUGCUGCACGUUACCACUUUUUCCUGUAUAAACAUGCCCAUGAAGGAGACUAUUUGGAAUCCAUAGUUUUCAUCUACUCUAUGCCAGGGUAUACCUGUAGUAUACGAGAACGAAUGCUCUACUCUAGUUGCAAAAGUCCACUGUUAGAAAUUGUAGAAAGACAGUUGUGGAUGCAGAUAAUUAGAAAGAUUGAAAUAGAUAAUGGUGAUGAGUUAACUGCUGACUUUCUUUAUGAAGAGGUUCAUCCAAAACAACACGCUCACAAACAAAGUUUUGCUAAACCAAAGGGUCCUGCGGGGAAGAGGGGAAUACGAAGACUGAUUAGAGGUCCAGCAGAGACUGAAACACCUAGUGAUUAGAAACUCUUGUUUGCAUUUGUUAUAAAGUAUUACAGUAAGAAAUGAAAUUCUGGCUUUUGGUCAUGAACUGAAAUCAUUCCAUUCAUAGAUGCUAGGGAAAAAAAAAAAAGCUCUUUUUACUCUUCUGACCUUGACACUUUUUAUAUUGUUACAUGAUUAUAUUUCUAUUGACCAUGUUUUAUGACAUGUGGAAGAGCUAAUUAUUUUAAAGCUAGAAGAGGCAAACUAAGCUAGUACCCCUUUAUUUUAAAUUAGAAUCUAUCAUUUAAUAGCUGUACAGGUGAUCAUAAACUUUGCAGAUGUAAGACUAUUAAGCCCAUGUAUUCUGUGGGUAAGUUGCAGCUGUAUGCCUAGAUAACAAACCCCUAAGACUUACCAUGUGAGGAGAGGUGGAGGGCUGUAUAGCGUUGUCCCAGAUAAAUCUUUCUUUUUCCUUGUAGCUUUUACGGGCAGUAGUACAACAGAAGGUUUUCUGCUGGUUUUGACGUGAUGCAUUGUUGGCUUUUGUUGUUGUUUUGCUUUUAAGAGAAAAGAUAAACUAAAAUCAGUUAUCCAUCAGUUAAUGUAAGCGUUCAAGAAUAGCUGGAUAUUUUCCCACGCAAAAGCAUGGUCAUUGCAAAUUUAUAACUAAUUUUGUGGAAUUGUCUUUUAAAGAAAUCUGACAUAAAACCACUAUAGCUUUUCCAGACUUCUAUACCACUCGCAAACCUUACAUAUUAAGUACUGAACGACCAAGUAAAAGGUGACUAAAAGUGCAUGAGUUAGUAUACUCAGUAGAUUAUGGAGCUGCUUUCAAAGCAAUAUGCUUAAAGUUUCUAAUAAAUAAUUGAUUAUCUGUGCACUUGGAUCUAAAACUGUGUAAAUUCAGUAAAAAUUGAAAUAGACUUGCUUCGUAAUGGUGAGUUAUUCUUGAGAUCCCAGCGUGUUUGCAGUAUCAACUGCAAUUUUAACUUUCAAGGUAUUCUGAAAAUGACUUUCCUAAGUGUUUGAACUUGAAUAGUAACUUAAAUCUGUAACAAAAUCCAACUAGGUCUUGAAUAACUGCUGGCAGCACCUGGUUAGGAUUUUGUCUCCCCCCCGCCCCUUCCCUUCCCUUCUCCAAAAUACUAAAAUCAGCCAGAAUAGUCUAAACUUCAUUGAACCACAAGUAAUGUGUUUAAUAGGAAGAGGAAAAAUAGAUGAUUUUAAUAAGUGGAUUAAAGAAGAAUUAGAUGUGGAAAUCAAGUACUGGAUGACCUUAAAUAUUUAAAAUUGUGUAAUGAGGCAAAUACUAGUGGAUAGAUUAUAUUCCCCAGUGGGGACUUGCUUUUUAGUGUCUUGUGUGUGAGCUUUGUGGUUUUUGAAUAUUUUUUUUUUUGUAAAGCUACAUGGGAGUUGCAAGUCUGGGUUCACCGCAUAUUAUCAUAGGUGCUGGGUGUACACAUUAUAUAGCUGAAUCACGUGUUUACCUGGUGGAAGAUGGAUUUUAACCUAGUUUUGUAGGGAACAAUAGCUUUGACACUACUAGUUCCUGAUAAAAUUUGUUUUAUCUUGUAUAUUAUUUUGUUUGGAGAUACUAGCUUGUUAUUGACAUCUGAGAUUGCACUAUAUAAUGUGAAGAUUGCAAUAGUUGUUGGUUUUACUGUGGUUUUUUAUAUGCAGUAGAAAUUUGACACCUCAGCUUUUUUCAUUUAAUCUUGCACACUACAUCAGUCCAAUUCAGUAGCUCUUGAUCCUCAGCUAAUCUCCUGCUUCCCUUAGCUACUGUGUUCUUUUUCUGCCCCUUGCCUUCUCCCUCUAGGGCAAGGAGCUGGUCUUUGGAGUGUGUCUUCUAUGUACUACCUGUCAGGCAAGCAUCACUGUUUUUUAAACAUGGCUAAUGUGUGUGCGGCUCAUUGUGCACUGUCAUUAAAUGUAUUUUUAGUUGAACUCUGAAUCUUUUCAGCACACCUCAUUCACUUUGGGUUUUGUUUUGGGUUUUUUUUAAGGAAAACCUUUGAGUGUAGCAGUUAAAAAUUACUGCUAGGAGGUUUUUCAUUUGAAUUUAGUAUUCCUGCCCACGUGUCAGCCAUACCGAGAGUGCACAUGUAUCUUUACGCUUAUUUGAGCCAGUAAAGAAGUUCAGCUUUUUAAUGCCAAAUGUUUUAAAUAAUGAACAGUUUGACCCGAUAUGGUUAUGUGCAUGUUGUGUUUUGGGCUUUUUUUUCCCCCCUAAUCCUGCUCUAGGUAGAUGAGGGUAGGAGGUAGAAAGCUUAAUCUGGAGGAUGGCAAGAGCUGGUUAAGCGAUUAUGCGAGGGAGUUUAUAAUGACCUGCUUUACGUUUCGGCCCAAAGCAGACGUUUUAAGUUAUCUUACUUGAAAGUCUUCUACAUGGGUGUACAACCCCCCGACCAGCCAGCAGAGGGUCAUGUCCUGAGCAUAUUUCCUCCUCACCUUUCCCCUAAAAGAGAGCUGUAUGAAGUCUUGCACUGCCAACUGCCUCUCCAGGCCUCUUGUAGCUGUUCUCCUGACAAAGCAAUAAGCAGCAUCUGAUCUUUAUGUGAGAUCUAGCACGUUUACAUCUGCAUAGUUGCCUCACAUAACACUACUACUGUUAAUGAACGUUCAGAGCCAGCACAAAAUGAGGGCAUUAAUGAAAGUUACUCCUUUACUGUCUCUGGUAAUUUACUAAUUGAAAGGGUCCAUUCAAAAUUGUUGUUGGCCUUCAUAAAGCCCAGAAGCAAUGCAGCUGCUUGCAGUUAACUCACAGCUAUUAAAUAGUUAAUUAACAUGACAGGUAAUUAUUUUUGAAAUGUUUAUGUUGCAAGGUAGGGAGAAUUUGAUGUUUUAAAACACUCCUAUCAGAGGGUUGUAAAACUAAUCAAAGUAGUAAUUGCUCUAUUACAACAUCGAUAAAGGAAACUUUGGAUUUACAGUGUCCAUGUAUUCAAUGAAAACCACCUUCAGAUGCUAAAAUUAACUAAAUUUACCUUAUCGAUUUUGUAAUUUACUUUAUAAAUAAAGAUUGA